AAUGGCGCAAUUCAUCAUCAAUUUACAACAAUUCACUGCCUACUUCACAAAAGUUCAUAUCCACAUCUUGGAUGGCACUCACCUGUUUGUGCAGCCCCAUGCAGCAGAAAUGAUAAGAAGCGCCAUUUCAGAGUUUAGAGACCAGAAUUCAUACGAGAAGCCUGCUUGAUUAUCUUACAUAGACCAGAUGUUUACCUUGUACCUUGAUUCUGUUCAUCCUUGUAUUAUGGAUCUAGUUAAUUGUGAGGCCUGCUCAUUCUGCACUUGUAUAAUUAUAUUGGAUUGCAUGAAGGGAACAUUGCUCUGGUCUUCUAAUUCCAAGGUUUCCCAUUCUAUGGAUUA